AUCCCCCCAGCAGUUAAUACCAACAUAGCAUUCUGUGAUGUCAAGCCUUUCCUUCUAAAUGCUGGCUUGGCUUUUUCUUUUUUCUUUUCUUUUGCAUAUGUCAAAUACACAAAGCAACUCUCCAUUUGAGAAAUUAGCAUUCAAACACUCUGUAAGCACAUUCUUUUUUGCUUGCUUUAUAUGCAGCUGGACUCAUGUCCAGGCUGGUAGUCGCUGAGCUUCCACUUCUCCGCGUGUCUCAGUGCUAUUUGGCCACAAACUUGGUCCAGUGUCCUAAAAACAAGCUUGUAACCUCCAUGCUGGAGCAGCACAUCUGCAGACCUACUGUAUUCCAAGUUCUUCCAGGUGAAGAUUGUCCUAAAAUACCUCUUUCUAAGCAGGAUGAGCAUUCUGGUCAUUGUCAUCCUUGUCAAAAUCCAAGUUAUGUCCAGCAGUGUUUGUAGGUUUGGGAUGUGCAUUGGCUUUUUCAGCACUUUAAGCAAAGCUCUCUAUGUUAAGGAGUCAGAUUCAGCUGUUCAAAGCAAGCUGAUAAAUUGCUUUUCAUUAAACAUCGAGUGCCAAGGGGUUCAGUAUGUGUUUUUCCAAGAGCAAAAUGCAUUACAGACAGCUUCCGUAGAGCAUUUAUCAAUCAUACGGUUAUAAACAGUCCUAAUGCAGCUGAUUGAAGGUUGAAAAGUUUACUUUUUAGAACUCCUUGACUAGUUUGGUUACUCUGUGGUUGGAAAAGCAGCUGCCCGGGUAUGAAGAACAGCUACAUCUGUGUAUCUCUGUCCUGUCUGCAAUUCAUUGUGAAAAAACAAGUGUGUGUGUGCAGAUUUUUGUUGGGGGUUUUGAGCACCUUGCAUCACUUGUGUUCCUCUCCCUGUCAUUUGAGCAGCUGGCAGUGCCACCAACCAGUUGUGCUCCUUGGAAAAGCACAGAGCAAAGCGCAGACUUCUUUACUGCAGCACCAAAAAAAAGAAAGAAUCUAUUUCUUUUCCUUUUCUUGCUGUGAGAUAACCUUUGUGCUUCAUGGUAAGGACAGGGUUCUGUGUCUGUACGCCCCAGCAGGAGCCGGCACCUCGCCUGGAGCUGGGAGGAAAAUGCCACCCUGGGCACAGCAGCGUCUGUCUGUCUGUGCUCUGUGUUCCCCUGGCAGCUUGUCUUGUGCCUGCAGUCACAGAUGCAUCUCCAAGCUGCUCCGUUGGGGUCCAGCAGGAACCUCUGUGUCCCAUCAAGGGACACAUUCACAGCCAGCAGUCUGAGCACGGACCCCAUGUAUUCAUCCAGCACCGUGACACCCGGCUCUGGGUGAGUCACUCCUUGUCUCAGCAUGAGAGCUCUGCUCCUUGCUUUGCAUGUUCAUCCUGCCUUAUCUUAUUUGCAAAUAUUUUCUCAUUUUCAAGGGAAUCUAUUUUUAUAACGGGAGUUGAAACACAUCUUUCAGUCUCUAACACAUCUGGUUUGUUGUUCGUGUGCUGCAGAUAGGCAAAAUAUGUUCAAAGUUGGCUCUGAUAAAGUAGUUUUUUCUUAAAUAAUCAGCUUGUAAUAAAGGAAGGCAGCCACUUUCCUGCUCGGGGUACUGUCAUAAUCUCUAAUGAUAUUUGAAAAGGAAGAACUGUCAUUCUUCUGCCAUAAGGAUUUCUGUAAGUCAUGAUUAAGACUUAAGUCCUUGGCUCUUGUAGGGGAAGUGUGGAAUGAGAGAAGAUAACGGUGGAGGUGAUCCAAGCACUAGAGAGGGAAGUAUUUCAUGUUCCUUCCCCCUUCUCCCAGGCACUCAGUAAAGCUUUCUGCUCCUCUGCAAAGCAGUGCAGGGCAGGAGGAGGUGGCAGGAGAUGCUACAGCUGAGUGUGCAAUGAUCACACAGCCCAUGCAGCUCCUUGGUGGGGCAGUGAGCUGCAGAAUGAAGACCUCACCUUGCUCCCAGCCUCCUGAAUGCAUAGGAGAGCAGUGCACACAUGCUGGUGCUGAGGUUCCAGCUGUACACCCUGCUCUGGGUAGGGGAUCUGUGCACAGUAGGGUUUCUUAUCAAUUGAGGGCAGAAGGAAGCUGUGCAUGAGAACAGAGAAGGGCUGUUGGUGAGAGCAGUGCCUCAUUGCUGGGUAUUGCUGGGCUGCUCUGGGUUUGCUUUGUAUUCACAUCAUCCCAGCUAACCUUAAUGCCACCAUGUUCAAAUAAAAGCGUGUGCUCUGGUGUUGCUGAGCCUGCCUCCAUUUUAGCACGCUGCUGUGACAUUAUAGAUGUUAAUCAGGCAUGUAGGAAGAAGGUGGCUGUAGUUUGCCCUGAGGAUAAUGGGUGCUUUUGAGGAAGGAAUGUUUGUUGGCUCCUCUCCUUUGCCUGAUGAAAUCAGUGCUGUCUCCUGUGGCAGUUACAGGGACUGGCAGAAUCAUUGGCAUUUGGAAAGCACAAAACCAAGCCCAACAUCUGGGCACACCGUGGUUCCAGUGGCAGUGCUGUGUGUACCAAUGUUACCUGCUGCAAUUUGACUGUCGCAUCGUUUCUCUCCUCAAUGCAGAUUUAUGCACUGUGAACCAGAACUAAAAUCCAUCCCAGGCUAUUUCUGCAUCCCCAUUACCCACCAAUACAGCGCUGCAAACCUCGGAGUUGGAAGUUACCAUAUAAAAGGCGAAGGAAAAUUAAUUAAAGGUCAGAGUGCUUCAGCACAGUAAAAAUUCAGAGGAGGCAAAUUCAGAGUUAUUCAAAUCCCUUUGAAUAUGGGCAGGCUGAUUUUCCUAUUUCUUCCUUAAGUUCCCAUAGUGUAAGUCAUAACUGACCAUGAGUGUAUGUGUUUCAAGCACUGCCAGCAAUGCUCCUUUGAAGCCUUGGCCAGGCACUGCAGAUGUCCCAGCUUGUCUUUUCUGCAUCUUUCUUGCCCUUCGAAGGGAGCUGCCACACCUGGCAGGGCCUCCUCCUGGCUGCCUUGUCUAUCAGCUCCCUCCACAUUGCAAAAUAGGGAGUUAAAGCUAAAAAUAGGCUUAAAAAGAGGUGAUAGGCUUUGAGUCAAGUAAAAUAAGCCACCGAUUUGGGUCAUGAAAGGGAAUUUAUAUCACUAGUUCUCUGUUCCAGCUUUUCUCGAGCUAAAAUUCUGCUUUGACAAAUGAGAAGGAAGUGCGGCGGUGAGUAAAUGGAGUGGGGGAGUGCAGUGUGGUCUGAUUCCAGUUCCUCCCCACAUUUUGACCUUGUAAAUGUAAUGUGAGGCAUCAAGGUGGUAUUGAAUGUUCUGCAGUUGAAUUUAUCUCCGUAGCGUUCUUCAGUGGUAGAGAACUGUCACCCGCUGCUGUCCAUUUAGAAGGGAGCAAGGCAUGGGGUGAUUAAAUGCUUCAUCCAAAGUGACGUCAGGAACCCGUGGUGAGCCAGAUCCAUCCUCUGUCUGCCCUGUCAUAGGCCAGCUCCAUAAUCAUGAGACCGUUCUUGGAACAGAAUCUGGUCCAAAACCCCCUUAAGCCUCUGCAGAAUGAGCAGUGAGCAAUUUAUGCCCGUUUCAGCGCACUCGUGUGGCUUUAGUGCUUCUCUCUGCUUCGGUGCAGGACAGCGUGUUAAUAAUUACAAUUGGAAGGAAGUUCUGAAGCAGUCCAGGGGGGGAUGGCUGCUGCUUUCCAGUCUGUUGGGUAACAGCAAUGCCAAACACAAGCAGGUGAAGCAGCAGGGCUUAGACUCAGGCCUCACUUCCCCAGCCACCAGCAUGGCCUGGGCACGGGCAGCAGCUCAGUUCUUGGCUGGGGCCAGCCGUGCUGUAUGAGCCCAGCUAACGAGCAGCGUGUGGAAUCGUGCUGUGAUUGGGCUGUUAUACUGCUAGCAGUUUCAUUUGCAAAGUGCAGGCAGGAGCAGGCUUCUUGCCAGCAACAGCUUCAUUCAGAUUAGGGCUUUAGUUCAAUUAUGUCCAAUUAACUUUUAUUGCAGAUAGCAGUGAUAAUUACUUGCAAGUCAAUUUUUUGGCUGCGGUUAUCCCAGGGCUAAAGUCUGAGCUUGAUGGAUUUUAAUAACUGCAGUGACGUAGAGCUUUUCCUCUUUUUUUGUGUCUUCUUUAGGCCUCAAUUAGAUGAAAGGUCAGAAGCUCUGUAAAAACCCAUCGUACAAUUAAAGCCAACUGUUCUGCUCUCAGCAAAUGUGUUACACCGUGGUUUAGAAUAAUCUGCUGGGACCAAGCUAAGGACGGCUCAGAGUCAGGGAUCGUAACCUUGAGCUGUGCUGCUUCACCCAGCACUGGGUCUGAUGGAGCUGAUGCUGCCUUUCUUCCUGCACUUCAUCCUGCACCAAUUGCUCACCUGGAAGCCUUUGGUGGCGGUCUGUAGGUAUGAGGAGUGUGCUGUGAGCGCUGUGCUGGCGCCCCAAGGCUUCUUCAUUUUCCUCCUUGCCCUGUGAGCUGAGCACGUGCGUGUAAAUCCUCCCCGCUCUCCCCCUCCAAAGCGUUGGGUUUUGCUGCCUGGGUAUAGUUAUAAAUGCGGGGUCAGCCCCGAAGGCGAAACGGUUUAUGAGCAAAAUCAUAGUUAAUUAAACUGCAAGGAGCAGAAAUUGAUUCUGAUUGAAACUCUUGCAGGGCUCUGCAAAAAAGUCCAUCCACCCGAGCACAGAGAGCCAGGAGGGCCGGCAUUGCUGGAUGCUGAUGGAGCACCACGCUGCUCCCGUUGUUCAGACUUCCAAUUUAUCCCUAAAUACACCGAUGCUGCUAUGAUUGCUUACCAUUACAGAGUGCCUCUCCACGCGUUAUUUUGCAGUUUUCCAUUUCUAAAGCAUUAAGAGGAUGAGCUGCUAUGAGCUGCCAGCUGGUGUGGUUUGUUCCUUGCGUUCCAGGUGAGAUUCUGGCUGGCUCUUCUGCAGCCCCGAGUGGGCACACACUGCACUAAGUAUUGGAGUUUUAACAGGAGGCAGCUGCUGUCAGGGGGCUUCAGCUCAGUGUGAACCAGUUUGUAAGCCCUCUGUAUUUAGGUUACUUUGAGAGGGAGAAGGAAUGAGUCUGGUUUGGUCUCUAGCAUCCUGCUGGGGGUAAAUGAGACACUGAAGUUCCCCUGGAGCAUAAAGGUUGCCCUGGAUUCACUUGUGUUUCCUGGCAAGCCGCUGCAAACAUUUGUACUAAAGAAACCUUCCAACCCGCCUUUGUUUUUUGGGGUUUGCUUGCAGUAUUUGUACAUGCUGACCUCAGGCUGUGCACAAUCCCAGCAGCAGCAAUGGAAUCCCACGCAGCCGCCCGGUGAGUAAGGAGGAGCAGCAGAGCAGUUGGCCACAAGCACUGGGCAGCCUCUCCCUGCUCACGGGACCUCGUGGUGCUGGAAACGUGGAGCAGCUUGGAGCUUUCCUUUUGUGUGGGGAGCUGCUGCUGUUCCUGCCACCCCCAGCUUGGUGAACAAACCCGCAGUUAAUCUUGUGUGCAGAGGAGUGAAUGGCCCAUGUUGUGUUAGUGCCUGUCUGCCAUGCUGGCCUGUCUGCCAGGACCAGGUGACCUCUCCUUUCAGCUUCUUUCUUACACGCAGAUGAACACUGGACUUCAGAAAUGGGACACUACACAGAAAAUGAGAUCUGCACAGUAUCCUACCCCAGCAGAAUUGGAUGCCUAUGCUAAGAAGGUCGCCAACAAUCCCCUGACUAUAAAAAUCUUUCCAAACAGCGUCAAGGUUCCCCAGCGGAAACACAUACGCCGUACUGUGAACGGACUCGAUACUUCAGGCCAGAGGUACAGUCCUUACCCAUCUCAGGCCACCACGAAAACCGGCCUCCUGGCCAUCGUCAAGUCUCCAGCGAAAGGAAUCCUCAAGGACUUUGACGGGACACGCACACGUUUGCUGCCGGAAGCGAUGAUGAAUCCCCCCUCCACCCCAUACGUUGCACCGAGCACUUUAACCCACCCCCAGGCGCUUGCUCGCCAGCAGGCUCUCCAGCAUGCACAGACUUUGCCGCACCCCCAGAGCAUCCCGCAGCCACAGACUUUGCAGCACCCUCAGGGUAUUCCGCAGCCGCAAAGCUUACCGCACCCUCAGGGGAUCCCGCAGGCGCUGCCGCACCCUCAGACCAUGCAGCAGCAGGCGCAGGGCAUGCAGCAUCCUCAGACCAUGGCACAGCAGGCGCUGCAGCCCCCCCCCAACCCUUUGCUGCAGCCGGGUUUACAUGGGAGCAGAAAGAUGCCGGAUGCGGACGCGCCGCCGAAUGUGACCGUGUCUACCUCAACCAUUCCCCUCUCUAUGGCUGCCACCCUGCAGCAGAACCAGCCACCGGACCUGAGCAGCAUCGUGCACCAGAUUAACCAGUUCUGCCAGGCCAGAGCUGGCAUUAGCACUACCUCAGUCUGUGAGGGACAGAUCGCAAACCCCAGCCCCAUAAGUCGUAACCUGCUUAUCAAUGCAAGUACCAGGGUCUCUACUCACAACGUCCCUACGCCCAUGCCUUCCUGUGUAGUGAACCCUGUGGAUCACGCCGCUGCUGCUAUUCCUCCUGCCUCCGUUAACGUGCCCAUGGUGAACAUGAACAGGGUGCCGCCCUCCUACCAGAACGAAAUCAAAUCGGUGCCGUGGAACCAGCACCAGCUCGCUCACCUGCAGCAGAUGUGUGGGGAUGCAGCCGGGCACGGCGCGCUGCCAGGGAAACACAGAGAGAUGGCGGGGCAGAGCUUCCCCAGCAAAACCUCCAGCUACCCUCAAGAACUGUGCAUGGGCCAGUCCUUCGGCUUGAAGCCCCCCAUGGAGAAGCCCACGCCCUCCCCGCCCGUCAACGGCUUGCAGGGACCCUUGCCAUACACCAACGGGCACUAUUUCCAACCCAUGUGGAAUAACAUCCUGCCCACGCCCAACAGCGACAGCUCCGGCUCCCAGGACCUCGCCAUGCCUUUCCAUGGGGGACAACAGGCCGGAGCGUUAGAUUGUGCAGCAGGACCUCAUUACAGAGCUGGGGCCGGCCCGUCCAGCCAGAACAACAUGAUGCAGACGGUGGAUUACCUUAGUGGGGACUUCCAGCAGCCUUGUUUUAGAGAUCAGAGCAUGGCAGUGCUGGGGAAAGUCCAUCGGCCUCCCAUGAACCGAGCGCCCGAACCCAGCGAUAGUCGAAACGUUCAUAUUCAGCACCCAGGGUAUAGAUAGGCUGCAGUCACUUGCACAGACAGAAUUAGAGGUUUUAGUCUUAAUUUUAACCAAGCGAGGCGUUUUUAACUUGCAAACUUGCGUGAUCAUUAUAGUAACCCUCGGCAGAAGACAUACUGUAUAUUGGAAAGCUUUGCUGACGUGUUUUCUCUCUCUUUCUCUCUCUCCUUUAUGCAUCAAAUAUUUAACAUGCCUUUUGUUUCCAAGAACCUCAUGACACUACUCCACGCCGCCGCUGUUUCCUCGCUGCAAUGUCCCCAUGGUGCAGCUCCUACACAGUGCUGGACCCACACUGAGAUGCUGCAGGGUUCCACAGCUGGCCAUGGAGGUAGUUUGUAGCUGCUUACAUUACCGCCUCAAUCUCCUCCAAAGAGCAGCAGGAUUUGGCAGGAAGGAGGAGGGGCAAAGCCCUGCUCCAUCCACGCAUUCAACACUGACCAUUUGCACUGUCUAAAGGCUUGUUUCAUUAGGAAAGAAGCCUGCAUGGAUCCAGCUCUGGGGGUGGUGAGGCUGCUGAGCCAGCAGGGCACGAUGGGCUGCCCCGGGUGCUGCCCUGCACCACCAUCACUCACCAGCUCUGGCUGCUCUCAGGCCUUGUUGUCUGCAGGGAAUGAAGGGUCACUGUGGUUUUCCAGCCCUGCUCAGCAGCCAAAGGAACCAGGAGGUGGUGGGACAUUGAGCCCCACAUUGAGCCCCACAUUGAGCCCCACAUCCUCUGUGGGGGUGAGCUGCUCUAAUGCUCCUCUUUUGGGGUCUCAGUGCCUCCCACCCCCCCGCUAUGACACCAACCACAACCCUCUGCAUCCCAGCAUCCCCAUCCCUAACCUCUCCCUUAACUAAUACUUGAACGUAAUGAUCACCACCAAGUUUGGAAAUUAAAAAGCAAAAAAAACAAAAACCACAUCAAUUCUGUGUCCACUGGCUGAAAAGAAAAACAGAAAGGAAGCAAGCAAGCAAGGAAAGUCCUGCUCUACACUGUAAGCUGUGUCAGCGUUGCUGUAUGAAUGUCACCCUGUUAACGUGGGGCUGAGUAGCGUUGUGUGUGGGUCAGGAUCCCUCACAGCCCUUUGGGAAUCGAAGCCUUAAGUAUCUCCCUCCUCCUCCUCCAUCAGCGCGGUGUGGGAUCCCGACGAAUGGAGACGACAAACUACAUCAUCCGACCUGAAGCAGCUGGAGGAAAGGGGGAACAUUAGGAUAACAAAGAAACCCAUUGGUUUGCAUUGGUUGGGUUGAGUUGAAGUGCGUUUCCAGCUCCUUUGGUGCACUUCUGUCUCCCUUCAGGUUUAUCCCCUUUACCCAGCGAUUGAAAGCGAAGCUCAGCCGACGUGUCGCCCUCCUGUUUGGGAAGGAAGAAAUAACCUGCCUGAUCGUGUUCAUGCCAAACGAUAGCCAAGAUGAAGUCCUAAUUUAUUGUUCAUUAAUCGUAUUCCUGCAGUCUUUGUGAAUGGUAAAAAAGAAAAAAAAAAACAAAUACAUAAAUCUGUGAAAGAACUUGAGGUUUUGCCGAGGCUUUUCGUGCAGUGUCUCGAUGAACAGCCGAGGUUGGGAGGCACAGCAGGCCCCGAAUUGCCCCUUUAAUCAAUAAAACCUUGGCCUCUGC